ACAAGCGCCGGUCUGAUCCCGCGCUUCCAUCCCGUUAUGCGCGCUCUCUAACCCCGCACAAGUGUGGCGCCGUGUCCCGGUCACACCGCCAGGAUGAGCAGCACCGACCUGGAGCGCAUGUCGCUCAGCUCCUCGGCAAACUCUGUGGCGUCCAGCGCGCGGACACUGUCAGCUAACGUGAGAAAGCUGCACAACGCGCUCAACCUCCUACUCAACGACUUCGAGAGGGAGCAGUUUAUCCACUGCCUGAACGUCUACCACUCCAAACGCAACGUGUACGACCUGGUGCAGACCCUCAAUGUCAUCCUCAACGCACCCAGCAAACGGCAACUUCUGCCCAUGCUGCGGCUGGUGAUCCCCCGCUCUGAUCAGCUUCUUUUCGAGCAGUACACGUCGGAGGGCCUUUACUUAAAAUCGGAUUUAGUUGCAAGCAACGGACAUGCCGAACCGCCCCCGGGCGAAUUCCUCAGCGCUAGCCCGACGCCCCCGGGGCAUUUCUCACAAAACAACCCCCCCGAGUUUCAAGUGGCGCUGCGGGGCUCGCCGGACAGCUUCAGCACCAGCAGCGAUGGGACAGCUCCUCUGGUGCCUCUUCUCGGGAGGAACUUUAUCCACGAGCCGCCCGGUGAGCUGCGCCAGGUGACCAUGAAACGGCACAAGAGCAACGAGGGCCUGGGCUUCAGCAUUCGCGGCGGUUCGGAGCACGGAGUCGGUAUUUAUGUGUCCCUGGUGGAGCCUGGGAGCCUAGCGGAGAAAGAGGGUCUCCGAGUCGGUGACCAGAUCAUGAAAGUCAACGAAAAAGUCUUCGAUAAAGUCACCCAUGCUGAAGCAGUGAAGGUGCUGAAGGGGAGUAAAAAGCUUUGCCUCUCAGUGCGUUCUGUCGGGCGAAUUCCAGGCGGCUAUGUCACCAACCACGUUUACACCUGGGUUGACCCUCAGGGUCGGAGCGUGUCCCCUCCUCCUGACCUGCCUGAGCAUCGCAGCGCCACCCUGAGAAGAAGUGACAGCCAGCGCCGAAGCAACAUGCAGCUACUACAGGAAGGGGAUGAGAAGAAGGUCAACCUGGUUUUAGAUGAUGGCCGGUCUCUGGGCCUGAUGAUCCGAGGGGGAGCAGAAUAUGCUUUGGGUAUUUACAUCACCGGAGUGGACCAAGGGUCAGCAGCAGAGUGUGGAGGACUGAAGUCUCUGCCUGGUCCGCCCUCAACACCUUGCUCAGUCCCCUCCACCACGCCUCUCUCUUCCCCUCCCCCCACGCAGGUCGGUGACCAGAUCUUGGAGGUGAAUGGCCGCAGUUUCCUGAGCAUCCCGCACGACGAAGCCGUCAGAGUCCUGAAGUCAUCGCGUCAUCUGAUGAUGACGGUGAAAGACGUAGGCCGCCUGCCCCACACCAGAACGGUGGUGGGUGAGACCAAGUGGAUCGCCAGCUCACAGAUCGCAGAAAGCUCUGCCAACAGCAGCAUGGCAAGCUUCUCUGUGGACCAAGGAGCUUCUGCAUCAGGAAAGCCCGGGUUUUACAAGGGUGUGGCAGGCUCACAGGUAACUCUGUCCAGUCUGGUGAAUCAGUCCCGGGCCAUGCUCGAGGAGCAGGCACGCCACCUGCUGACAGAGGCAGAGCGACAGACCAUGGUCUACUACGUGGAGGAGUAUCGGGACGGACACAUAGGAGUGGAGCAGCUGGUCAUGGCGCUGUUUGAGCUGCUAAACACGCACGCAAAGUUCUCCCUGCUGUCUGAAGUACGAGGCCUGGUCACGCCGCAGGACCUGGAGCGUUUUGACGGGCUGGUGCUUCGACGGGAAAUUCAGGCCCUAAAAGCUCGACAGGGGGCAGCUGGUGCCUCGGCUUUGCAGCCAGACUCCCUGUCCAUGGUGUCAUAUCCAGACACUCUGACAUCAUCUUCAGCCAGCUUCAUGACCAAUACCACCCUCAGCUCUGCACGGAACGACAGUGUUGUGGAGAGUAAUGAGGAGGAUCCCCCCGAGAGUCUGAACACGCUGCUGACCGACAUCUCUCUGGGGGAAAAUAAAUUUUCACAGCACGGAAGGAGAAAAAAAAGUCUUCAAAACAAGGAUGAUGUUCAGUCUGCCACAGCUGAGUCCCCUCCCUCCUUCAAGCCUCCGCCCCCACCAGGGGUGCAGAGGCGCCCAAGUAGAAGAGAGACGCUCAACAAGUGCCCCUCUUCCGAAUCCUCCCACUCAGGCUUGUAUUUUACAGCCACAGCUUCUCACAACCACGGCAAUGAGCCAGGACACGCUCCUGCCUCACCCUCAUUACACCACAAACGAGAACGCCAGAGGGACCCGUCUCAAGAAUAUGCAGCUAUCAGAAAGAGAGAGCCCGCAGCAUUGGCCAAGAAACAGAAAAUAGCAUCCGCUCAGUUGUCCACAGUCACUCAGCACAACAUUGGCCCUUUCCCCAGGGUGCAGUCCCCCAGCAGAGGCACUAAGCUUGCUACCCCGUCCCCUUCACCUCCACCUCCUCCUCCGCUCCCUGCUCCUCCUCCUCCUCCCCCUUCUCUGCCCCUUAAACCAGCAUCCAAGUCCAAAUCCUCCCCCACUUCUUCUCCUGGCUCUAAACAGCAGUUUGUUACAGUGGAGGUUCACAGGCCCAACGCAGAACCUGAUGUCAAUGAGGUGCGACCGCUGCCCCAAGCUCGAGGUGGCACCCUGUCUCAGCUGUCAGACAGUGGCCAAACCCUCAGUGAGGACAGCGGGGUGGACAUAGCUGAGUCAGGACACGUCAGGAAAGACAGUAGCUCCCAUUCCUCACGCACACACCUCCCCCGAGACACCCAGGAGGGGGGCGGGGGGGACAACCCCUCCAAACCGCCAGGGCUGUUGGAGCCCACCGCUACACUAGUGAGGGUGGCAAAGACUGCCAGCACCCUGGGUAUUGCCAUUGAAGGUGGAGCCAACACUCGCCAGCCGCUGCCACGAAUUGUCACAAUACAGAGGGGUGGUUCAGCUCAUAACUGUGGCCAGCUGAAGGUGGGACAGAUUAUACUGGAGGUAAACGGGGUUUCCCUGAGGGGCCGCGAGCACAGGGACGCAGCGCGCCUCAUCGCCGAGGCCUUCAAGACCAAAGACAGAGACUGCGUGGACUUCUUGGUGACUGAGUUCAAUGUGGCACUAUAGCUGAGUGGAAGAGGAGAGCGCGCGAUGACGAAGGUAGCACCAAGAGAAGAGGAGGUCCGGGAGGUGAUGAGGGGGAGGUAUUCAAGCAUCUAUUCACUUAAAUGGCACAACUCUUGGAUAAACCUAAACAAACCACCAACUGAUCUGAGCCCUUCUUCUUUCUCGGAAACCCACUCUUGAGCCCAAACAGAUGACUCUCAAACUUACAAGACAUUAAUGUCACCGUGGACUUUGUCCAGGAGUCUCCUCAACUUGUUACCUCCCCACUGUGAGACAUUAUGCACUACAGUGGAAAACCUGUACCUUUUUGUGUUAAAAUGUGUGGAUUUCUGGAACUCCUCACAACACUCCCAUGUCUCACGCUAACUUUAUUUUACUUACUUUCUGCUUUUAAAUGAGCGACAGCUGCACAUCCAAAAUAAACUGAUGCUUGGCAAGUUUGUAUUUGUAUAUGUACAAAUGGACAAAUGUAGAUACAGAUGCAUAUAUACUGUACACAUAAAAAUACUCCUAUAAGAAUUAAAAAAAAACCUGUAACCUC